CCUUUGUUGUCUUGCAGGUCAGGAAGAAAGCAUGCAGAAGAAGUAGAAGACCAUCGUCUCAGACAGCAGAGCCUGGAGGUGUCAGAUGAUGGAGGAGACAUUCCCGUGAUUCCUGACUUGGAGGAAGUCCAGGAGGAAGAUCUGGCCAUGCAAGUAGCAGCUCCCCCCAGUGUGCAGGUGAACAGAGUGCUGACCUACCAUGACCUGGACAAAGAUCUAAUGAAGUAUGCUGCUUUUCAGACUCUGGACGGAGAGGUUGACCUGAAGCUUCUCACCAAAGUUUUGGCACCAGAGCAUGAACUACGAGAGGAUGAUGUCAGCUGGGAUUGGAGCCAUCUCUUCACAGAGGUGUCCUCAGAGCUAAUGACUGAGUGGGACCUGGGACAGUCUGAGAGAGAGGACCACCUCAGUCUCCACUAGAGCAUUGGCACACCAGACAUCUCAUACAUGUAUCUCCUGCUAAUAGUUUUAGCAUUUUAAUUUUCUAUUAACUUGUUUGUAUUUGAGAAUUUAUUUCAGAUAUGAAAAUAAAUAGGACCUUGCUUCAUA